UAUUUAAUUUUCUUAAGUUGUUCAGUUUCCUCUUAGACUUUGCUGCAAUUUAAAUAAAAUCAUCUUGAAUCAUUCAAAAUCAUUACCUACUCAAUCACACAUUAGCUAGAACGGUAUGUUGCAACUAAAGCAAGCAUUUCAAAUCUAUAACGAAUCACAAGAAGGAAUAAGUCCGAAGGAUAAUGGUAACGAACAAUUGAAAAAAAAAAAGUUACGCCAUAAUUUAAUGGUGAGAUACGAUGAUACAGCUCUCGAUGACUAUCCAGGACCAUUAUUUGUCUGCAAAAACUGUUUAAAGGUCUCCCUGAAUAAAGAUGCUGCAAAUUCACAUUUGAAUAGUUGUACAAGACGUAGUAAAAAUGUACCAACUCGGAAAGUUUUGAAAGAAGAGACAACUCGGAAGACUGUCCAGAACGCCAUCACAAAAUCCACGAAAGCUCCAAAAGCUCUGAAAGAUCCGGACGCUCCGAAAGCUCGACCUCGACCAAUUGUUAGCCCGGAGCCUUAUAUCUGCACAUGUUGCAAUUUCGCGUUCAAACGUAAAGUAACAUAUGAUCAACAUAUCAGAGAAAAAAAUAUACAACACUUCAUGUCUGACUCAAUGUCUACCUCGUCUGAUGAAUCUGAAUCUCCUCAAAUGAGACGAAAAUAUGAUAAGAAGAUGAUAAAAAGAGACCCGACUUUUUAUCCUGACGAUGGUUAUUAGCUAAAUAUGAGAAUAUUUUUUCAAUUUUGGAUUGUUUUAGAAUUCAUCCUAAUACCUACUAAGCAAAAAAAAAAAUUUACAAAUGUCUCUUUUCACAAAUCAAUAAUAUAGUUUUGUUUA